CCGAAUGGCGCUUUCGUUUCUAUCCCAAAACUCCGGUCUCUUGGAUUUACAAAGCAUCUUUGAUCCACAAUAUUCUCAUCAUCAACAACAACAACAACUUUUGAGCCAACACCCACAACAAAAUAAUCAACAACAACAGCAACAAUCGGAACAAAUUCAACAACAACAUCGCAUCUUUUCAUCAAAGUUCGAUUUGAACCUUUUCAACGAACUCGACCAAAUGGAAUUCAACAACACUUUAAAUCGCAGCCAAUACCAGAAUAAUAAUAAUAAUAAUAAUAGUAAUAAUAACAAUAUCAACAACAGCAGCAACAAUCAGAGCAACAACACUAAUAACAGUGUAAGUGAAAACCUAAAUCAGAUCCAAAACCGCCACUUCAUCAGCGGCUAUCAUCACCAGCAUAUUGGUUCGGAUUAUGAGCAAGUGAUCAACUUUGUUGACUCGCCGCCAAACUCUGAGGAAUCGUGGACAGAGAGCAGCUCGCUAAUCGAACACAUUACCAUUGUCGUAGACGCCCAGUCGAAGGACUCGCCGGGACCGCAGAUUAUCGACGUGCAAACCAUUUACCUGAACGGCGGCUCACGCAAAAGACGAAUGGAUUGGGACUCUUUGGAUAUUGUCCAAAGUGAGAAUUCACCAACAGGAUCCCAGAGCAGUGAGCUGCCCACCAAAGUGGCCCAUCAAGAGAAGGACAAGCAUAAGCGCGAGAAGCCCUCGGGUCGCAGCAGCUGGAGCGAUGAUAUUGGCUUCGAUCUGAAUGCCGAAUUCAACAGCAACUCCUACUUGAACAAUGAGAACUUUCUGUCGUUCUCGCCCACUUUGUCCACCCUAAAGCAGGAACCGCAGACGGAGCAGAUCAAGCCCGGUCAAAAGAUUUCCCUGGACAAUGCCGCUGGCUCACCAUCCGUGGCAAUUGCCAAGUUGGAUGACGUUCAGAACUCCCCGGCACAGGCAACUGCUGGCCAGGAUUCGGGUUCAGCUAGCAAGCAUGAUGUUAACUCCGGACUCAUCUGCGGAUGUGGUUCACCACAGGGUUCACCAUUGGCCAACACAGAGUAUGAGCUAAACGAGAAGGGCAAACCACAGCAGCAACUUAGCGUUUUGGAUCCAACUAAGAUCGAGAUUGUUUCGCCCAAUGGAGCUGCCCAUGGCGAGGAUCAUAAAUUUCAGUACAUUUUGGCUGCCGCCACUUCUAUUGCCACCAAGAACAACGAGGAGACCUUGACGUACCUCAACCAGGGUCAGAGCUAUGAAAUCAAGCUAAAGAAGAUCGGCGACCUGUCCCUCUACAGGGAUAAGAUACUGAAGAGCGUGAUCAAGAUCUGUUUCCAUGAGCGCCGUCUGCAGUUCAUGGAGCGUGAGCAGAUGCAGCAAUGGCAGCAAUCUCGCCCUGGCGAACGCAUCAUUGAGGUGGACGUACCGCUUUCGUAUGGCCUCUGCCACGUGUCACAGCCACUAAGCUCCGGCUCACUGAACACCGUCGAGAUCUUUUGGGACCCGCUUAAGGAGGUCGGCGUCUACAUCAAAGUCAACUGCAUUUCAACCGAAUUUACCCCAAAGAAACACGGCGGCGAGAAGGGUGUACCCUUCCGACUGCAGAUUGAAACCUAUAUAGAAAACACAAACAGUACCAAUACCAGCGGCUCGAGCGGUAGCAACAACAACAACAGUGGUGGUGGUGGAGCCAGUGGUAAUAGCAACGGCAGUUCAAACAGUGUCUCAACUGCUCCAGCAUCUCCAGAACGCAACACAAAUGGUGGCAACAGUGGCAAACAGGCGGUGCAUGCAGCUGCCUGCCAGAUCAAGGUCUUCAAGCUAAAGGGCGCUGACCGGAAACAUAAGCAAGAUCGUGAGAAGAUUCAAAAGCGUCCACAAUCGGAGCAGGAUAAGUUCCAGCCCAGCUACGAGUGCACCAUCAUGAAUGAUAUAUCCCUAGAUCUGGUGAUGCCUGCCACCACUACAGGCUGCUACAGUCCAGAAUGGGGGGCUAUGGGAAAUUCGAAUUGCGAAUUCUACGAUGGAGUUCAGGGCAUUCGUGAACAUGCGCUUGCAUCUGAAGGAUCGUCGCUCCUGCCAACAUCAGAAACAGAACGUGAUUUAUUGGAUUUUAUGAAACUCUGGCCAAAUUCGCCUGUCCACAUACCCAAGUACGAUGGAAUGCUUCCGUUUGCCCCAAGUGCAACAUCGCCGGCUACCAGCAGCAGUCCCAUAGCCAUCAACUCGGUGACUUCUACCAACUCGCCCACCCUCAAGCUGAUGGAUGCCACCAAUAUGGUCUCCCCACAGCAUGUGCCCGCUGAAAUGGAUGAUUAUAACCAAAACAUAAUGCCGGAAUCGACGCCCUCGCAAGUGACGCAGUGGCUGACCAAUAAUCGCCUCACGACCUAUCUAUCAACAUUUGCGCACUUCUCGGGAGCGGAUAUUAUGCGCAUGUCCAAGGAGGAUUUGAUUCAGAUCUGCGGCCUGGCCGAUGGCAUUCGCAUGUUCAACAUUUUGCGCGCCAAAACCAUUGCACCCAGACUCACCUUGUAUGCCAGCUUGGAUGGCUGCAGCUACAAUGCCAUCUACUUGCUGUCGAACACGGCCAAGGAGCUGCAACAGAAGCUGUUCAAGAUGCCGGGCUUCUAUGAGUUCAUGGCCAAGGCCAGUGCCCAGGAGAAUGGAGCCGGAGGAGUGGCUGCUGCUGCUGCCCUGUUUAACAAUUGGGGCAUGCACUCUAAGUACUCAGGCAGUGGCUCUAAUAUUUUCAAUGAUGCCAACAAGAGCUGCGUUUACAUCUCGGGACCGUCGGGUAUUCUUGUGACCGUCACCGACGAAGUGCUUAACAAUGAGAUCAAGGACGGCAGUCUCUAUGCCCUGGAAGUGCAGGCCGGCAAGGUUAUCCUUAAGCUGAUCAACAAGCAGGACAACAACUAAGCGAUCUUUUGGCUAGCUAAUCACUGUAGUAGACACCACCCGAGCAAAAAGAAAAAAAAAGUAUAGUUUAUAGCAUUUACACACAGUUCGAUGGCACAUCGAUAUCGUUUUCUAUAUAAGCUUCAAUUUGUAUGAGAUUUCGCGCAGCAAUUUUGAAACAAGUUAAAAAAAAAAGCAAGCAACCCGAAAACCUUUUUACCCUAAAACCCCCCUCCCAACCUCAAAAACUUUGUUAAAGAAUUAGUGCAAAAUAUUUAAGAUUUCGUUUUUCACAUUAAGUUUUGUUUUAUUUUAACAUGUAUUUUUUACCAUCUACGAUAUACGACAACAUAUGCACAUUUAAUUCUCCGAUGCGAUUGCA